ACAGGCGCCAGGAGGGGGUUGCCUGUGCGUGCUGAAGGGGGUCCUGUUGACUGCCUUCCGACCGGUGGGGGGUUGUGAGGAGGAGGGCGAGCGAUGACGCGCGGCCCUCACGUGACCCAGAGCUGCAGAGCGACGCAGCCUAGGGUGCAGUCGUCACUCGCGUCUGGCCACCAGCUCCCCGCUGCCCUGCGCGCGGCGGGCUGGCAUCGGGCCCGAGCCGAGCCGAGCGGAGCCGAGCAGUUCGGUGUGGCACUGUGGUGAGGCGAGGGAAAACCGAGACGGAGACAAGAGAUCUGCAGAAGAUCUAUGGAGGUCUUCUCAUGUGUUUGAAGUAGGGCUUUUUACUACUGGAAGCAAGGGAAAGAGGGAGAGACUGUCCUGGAACAAUGGAGGUUGAUAUGAAGAUCUGCCUGCAUGUCUGCUUCAGAGCUUGAGAUCACCAGAAGCAAAGGAACAAGGAGGAAAUUAUCUCUGAUCAGUAGAGACUGGUCCAAAGAUCUCAUGAAUCUGUAUAUCUACUUUAGGGUGCAUCACCAAGCAAAAGAAGGAAAGAAGAGGAAAUUUCCUUCAGUCAUUACAGGUCUACCUCCAUUGGCAGCUCUACUGGCCUUUAAGUGGUUAAAGACCGUUCCCCAGACAUAUCGCCCUCUUUCCUAGCCAGAGUGAGCCCUCCUGUACAUUGUCCGUGCCUUCAGCAGGGGUGAUUACAUGGGCCGCGUUCAGGAGGUGGGCUGGGCAACUGCAGGACUGGUGAUCUGGGCUGGCACCUGCUACUGCAUUUACAGAUUAACCAGGGGAAGUGUUCAGAGUGUGAGGAGACGUACCAGAAAUGGGUCCAGAGUCAAGACAGAGACUAUGGUUGAGGUACAGAACCAGACCGUGGCCACGAGUGAAGCCAUGGCUGGAACAGAGUUUGAGACUAGAGCCAAGACUGAAGCAGAAACUGGAGAAAGAGGUGGGCCCAUGGCUGAAGUAGACACCAAGGUCACUGUUUUAGCUAGACCCAAUGUCAACUCUCAGGCCGAGGCAAUGCUUGAGGAAGAGACAGAGACUCAAUGUGAGACCAAUUCAGUGGUGGAAACAAUGUUCAUGGCAGAGGCAGUUACUUUGACUGAAGCCAAAGCCAAGGAAGUGACCUUGAAAGAGGCAGUGACACAAACUGAUGCUGAGGCUGGGGGAGCAGGCAAGAGAGAGGCAGUGACUCAGACCAAAGCUAAAGCUUGGGCAGUGGCUGACAGGGCAGAGGUCAAGAAAGAAGCAGUGACCCAGACCAAAACAGAAGCUCCUGUAUUGGCUGAAAAAGAGACAGAGAUUAACAGAGUAACAGUGACACAGAGUGAGGUCUUGGCAGUGACCAAGGAAGUGGUCAAGAUUGGAACCAUGAACAACACUGGAAUUGUGGCUGAAGCCAACAUAACAGCACUGGAGGACACCGUGAGUGUGACUAGGACUCAGUCUGAGGCUAGGCUUGGUGCCACAGUUGAUGCUAAAGAAAAUCCCAAUGGCAUGUCCAUGAUAGUGGCUGGAGUGGACAUGAAGUCCUAUGCACAGCCUCAGGCUGUAGCCCUGAUCCAAACUGAUGACAUGCUUGGUGCUGGGGUUGAGGACAGUGGGAAUCUUGAACCCAUGCCUAAUGCAGAGCCUGGGGUAGAUACAAAGGCCUCUGCUCAGCCUCAUAUUGUUGCCAGCGUUCUGGCUGAAGCCAUGCCAGAGGCAAGGAAUGAUGCUUGGGAUAAUAUGAAUGUCAUUUGUAAGGCAGAAGCAGAGGCAGACAUGAGAAUUUGUGUAAUACAACCUCAGAAUGUGGCCAUGACACAGGCCGAGGCAAUGUCUGGUGCCAGGGUUGAUGGCACGGAAAAUUCCAAUGCCAUAUCUAAGGCAGUGACUGGUGCUGACAUAGGAACUGCUAUCCAGGCACAAGAUGUAAGUAGUGCACAGGAUGAAGCCAUGCCUGAUGCCAGGGUUAAGGGUAGAGGUAAUAGCACCGUCAUGGCUAAAGCAGGGACCAGGGAAAACACACAGACCAACUUGCAGUCUGAGGCCUUGCCUGAUACUGGGGAUAAGACCAGAAGCAAUCCCGCUGACAUGGCUAACACAGAGGCUAAUGCAGACAUAUUGUCCUAUACUGACCCUCAGCCUGUGGCCAGUUGCCAGGGUGAUGCCCUGCCCGAUGGCAGAAUCAAGGCUAAGGACAAUGCUAAUACUAUGUCUAAGGAAAGUGCUCAGGCUACUGCCCAGAGCCAGUGUGAAGCCUUACCUAAUAGUAAAGGUAAGGCUAGAGGCAAAGCCAAAGCCAAAUGUAAGGCAGGGGCUGGGACAGAUAUGAAAACCUGCACACAGCCUCAAGCUGGGACCAAGACCCAAGCUGAGACCUUGUCUGAUUCCAAGGCUGAUGACAAGAGUGAUCCUAAUGCCAUUUCUAGAACAGGGGCUAAGGCAGAUCAGAAGGUCUGUGGUCAGCCCCAGGCUGUGGCCAAUUGCCAGAAUGAGGCUUUGUUUGGUACCAAGAAUAAGGUCAAGGGCAAUCCAAAUGCUGUGCCUAAGGCAGAGGCUGAGACAGCUACAACAGGCUCUGCCCAGACCCCUGCUAUGGCAAGUUCCCAGGGUGAGACCAUGCCUGGUGCCAAGAAUAAGGUCAAGGGUAAUCGUAAUGCUGUGCCUAAAGCAGGGGCUGGGCCAGAUACAAUGGGCUCUGCCCAGUCCCAGACUGUAGCUAAUUCCCACAGUGAGGUCUUACCUGGUGCCAAGAAUAAGGUUAAGAGCAAUCCCAAUGCUGUGCCUAAGGCAGAGGCUGGGGUGGGUGCCUGUUCCCAGUCUGUGGCCAUUUCCCAGGGUAUUGCCUUGACUGGUACCAAGACGAAGGUCAAAGGCAAUUCCGCUGCUAUGUCUAAACCAGAGUAUGGGGCAGGUAUAACGGCCUCUCCCCAUGCCAAGGCUGGGGCUAAUUCCCAGGGUGAGACCUUGCCUGGUGCCAAGAAUAAGGUCAAGGGUAAUCCCAAUGCUGUGCCUAAGGCAGAAGCUGGGGCAGGUACAACAAACUCUGCUCAGCUCCAGGCUGUAGCCAGCUCCCAGGCUGAGGCCUUGCUUGGAGCCAGAAAUAAGGUCAAGGGCAAUUCCAGUUCUGUGCCUAAGGCAGAGGCUGGGGCAGGUACAAUACUGGCUGUGGCUUCUUCCCAGGCUGAGACCUUGCUUGGUGCCAGGCAUAAGGUCAGGGGCAAUUCCAAUGCUGUGCCUAAGGCAGAGGCUGGGGCAGGUGCAAAGGGCUCUGCCCAGUCCCAGUCUGUGGUCAGUUCCCAGAAUCAGGCCUUGCUUGGUGCCAGGAAUAAGGUCAGGGCCACUUCCAAUGCUGUGCCUAAAUCAGGGGCUAAAACAGGUACAAAGAGCUCUGCUCAACCCCGGGCUGUGGUCAGUUCCCAGAAUGAAGCUUUGCUUGGGGCAAGGGACAAGGCUCUGUCCAGUUCUGAGGCAGAAGCCACAGGAGAAGGUGAAAUGUAUGCAAACCCUGAGGCAGGGGCUAUACCCACUGAGACUCAUGGUGGGGCAGGUGCUCAGGCUUAUGAAAGGGCUCAGCCUAACAUUCAUGAUUACUACUGGAAUGGGAUUGGUGUUGAGGAUUGGAUUGCUGCUGAGCGGUGGAUCAAAUUUAGGUUUCAGACCAUGGAUGGAGACUGGGAAAACAGUGUAUCCUGGACUGAUGAGGAGAAUGCAGCCAGUGUUGGGACCUGGGGUGGGGCUAAUGAUAAAGCUGGCAUUGUUAGUUCCUGGGCUGUAGCUUGUGAUGAGACCAGCAUUAAGUCCUGGACCGGGGCAAGGGCUGAGAAUGAGGUUGCUCUUGGGUCCUGGGUAGGAGCUGGUGACCAGGCCAGUGGAGGACUCUGGGCAGGAGCUCAGGCUAGUGAGGGGGUCUGGGCUGGAGAUAAGGCCAGUGGAGGUUCCUGGACUGGGACUGAGAACCAGAUCAGUGCAGGCUCUUGGGUUGUCUCUGGGAACCAGGCCAUUGCAGGGCCCUGGGCUGUGAGUCAGGUCAGUGAUGGGACGUGGCCUACAGUACAGGCCAGUGGAGUGUCCUGGGUUGUGGACCAGGCUACAGGGGCCUGGACCGUGGCUGAUAACCAGACUGGUGCAGUGUCUUGGACUGGAGCUGGGAACAUAGUUAGUAUUGGGUACUGGACUGGAGCUGUAGACCAGACCAAUGCAGUGUCAUGGACAGGGACUCCUGCUGAGCAGUCCGGUGCUGAGGCCAAGCCAAGAUUUGAAGAUCAAGCCAGUGAAAAGGCAUCCUGGGCUGGUGCCAGUGGCCAGGCCAGUGGAGAGUCUAGGUUGGGACCUGAGGAUCAGUCCAAUGGAAGGUCUUGGGCUGACACUGCAGACCAACCCAGUGGGGGGUCCAGACUUGGAACUAUAGACCCAUCUAGUAGUGUGUCUUGGGCUGGCACCGGGGACCAGGCUGGUGGAGGACCAGCACAAGUCUCUACAGACCAAACCAGUGGUGGGUCCUGGACUGGGACUGCUGAUCAGUCUGAUGGUGGAUCUAAGCCUGGUUUCGGGAAUCAGACUAGUGAUGAAGGGCCUUGGGCUGGAGCCAAGUCAGCACCUGAGGAUCAGUCCACUGGGAGAUCUUGGGCAGAUUCUGGAGACCAAGUCAGUGGAGGGUUCUUGGUUGGAGCUUUGGACCAGUCCAACGGAGAGUCCCAGGCUGGGUCUGGGGAACUGGCUGCUGGUGGAGUUAAUCCUGUGUUUGAAGAUCAGGCCACUGGAGGAGGAUGCUGGGCUGGUUCUGGGGACCAGUCUGGUGGAGAAUCUAAGCAGGGGCCCAGGGACCCAUCUAAUGGAGAGUCCUGGCCUGGCACUGGGAGUCAGGCCAGUGGAUGGUACUGCACUUACACUGGGGGUCAGGCCAUUGGAGGAGGCUCUUGGGGUGGAGCUGGUGGUCUGAUAGUUGGAGGGUCCAAGCCAGUGCAUAUGAGUCAGUCUAGUAGUGGGUCCUGGCUUGGCACUGGGACUCAGGUCAGUGGAGGGUCCUGGACUAAUGAUCCAGUUGGAGGAGGAUUCUGGUUUGGUGCUGGAGACCAGACUAGUGGAGGGGCCAGGCCAGCAGUAUCUGAGGAUCAGUCUAGUGGAGGAGUUUCCUGGGGUGGGGCUGGUGGUCAUGUCAUUGGAGGGUCCAGAGCAUGUCCCACUGUCCAGGCCAGUGGUGGGUCAUGGACUGGAAUUGGGAGUCAGGUCAGUGGAGGGUCCUGUGUUGGACCUGGGGAUCAGGCUGGUGGCUGCUCUAAACCUGGAUUUGAAGACCAGGCAUGUAGAGGAAGCUCCUGGGUUGGUACUGGGGACCAGGCUAGUGGAGAAUCCUGGCCUGGGUCUAGGUCUGGUAAUGAGGCCAGUGGAGGAGCUACUUUGGAAUCUCAGAACCAGGCCAGUGGAGGGUCCUGGGUUAGGUCUGAAGACCAGGCCAGUGGAAGAUUCCUGGUCAGUGCUGAGGUGGAGGCCAAUGAAGGAUUCUGGUUUGGGCCUGGGAGUGAGGCCUUUAUAGGGUCUUGGUGCUGGACAGAAGAGGCUACUAUUUUGCCCAUUACUGGUAUUAAGGAUGAGACUAGUACUGAAUCCACAUCAGGGACUGGAGAAGAGACCAUCGUUAGCUCUGGGUUGGGAGAUGAAAAUAAGACUAGAUCUGAAGAGGCAGCUUCUUUGAGCACAUGUAUUGAGGCUGAGGCUGAGGUUGAGACUGUGGCUGAGGGUGAGGCUAAAGUUGAAGGUGGAGCUGAGGCUGGGGCUAAGGCAGGGGCUGGGGCUGAGACUGAAGCUGGGGCUGAGACUGAGGCUGGGGCUGAGGCUGGGGCUGGGGCAGGGACUGAGAUUGAGGCUGGGGCUGAGACUGGCACAGGGACUGAGAUUGAGACUGGGGCUGGGGCUGAGACUGAAGCUGGGGGUGGGGCUGGGGUUGAGACUGAGGCUGUGGCUGAGGCUGAGGCUGAGACUGGGGCUGAGGCUGGGCCUGAGACUGAGGCCAAGGAUGGAACUGGAGUGGAGACAGGGGCUGAGCCUGAAGCCAGAGUGGGGUUUUGGUCCUGGGAUGGAGAUGCAGCCACUAAAGGGUCUAGGCUUGUGACUGAGGCUGAGACUGGGGUUGAAGUUGGGGCAGAGGCUGGAGCUGAAUCUGGGGCUGAGGCCACAGCAGGGUUUUGGUUCUGGGAUGGAGAUGCAGCCGCUAAAGAGUCUAGGCUUGGGACUGAGGUUGAGGCUGAGACUGAGACUGAGGCUGGAGCUGGAGUUGAGGCAGGGCCUGGAGCUGGAGCUGGAGUUGAGGCAGGGCCUGGAGCUAGAGCUGAACCUGGGGUAGAGAGCAGAGUGGGAUUUUGGCCCUGGGAUGGAGAUGCUGCCACUAAAGGGUCUAGUAUUGGGGCUGAGGUUGAGACCGAGACUGGAUUUGGGGCUGAGGCUGCAGCUGCAAAUGAGAGCAGAAUGGGGUUUUGGCUCUGGGAUGGAGAUGCAGCCACAAAAGGGUCCAGGAUUGGGGCUGGGGCUGAAGCUGAGGCUGAAGUUGGGGCAGGGGCUGGGGCUGAAGACAGAAUUGGAUUUUGGUCCUGGGAUGGAGAGGAAGCCACUAAAAGGUCCAGGCUUGGGGCUGAGGCUGAAACUGGGGCAGGAGAUGAGGCUGGAGCUGAGGCCAGAAUGGAGUUUUGGUCCUGGGAUGGAGAUGCUGUCACUAAAAGGUCUAACCUUGGGACUGAGACUGGGGCUGAGGCUGCAGUUGGGACAACAGCUGGGGCUGGAGCUGAGGCCAGAAUGGAGUUUUGGUCCUGGGAUGGAGAUGCAGUUACUAAAGGAUCAAGGGUUGGGGAUGAGGCUGAAACUGGGACAGAAGAUGAGGCUGGAGUUGGGGCAGGCGCUAAGGCUGGGACUGAAGCUGGGGCUGAGGCAGGAAUGGGGUUUUGGGCCUGGGAUGGAGAUGUAGCCACUAAAGGAUCUAGGAUUGAGACCGAGGUUGGGGCUGGGGCUGGGGCUGGGGUUGAAGUCGGGGCACAGGCUGGACCUGAAUCUGGAGCUGAGUCCACAAUGGGGUUUUGGUUCUGGAAUGGAGAUGCAACCACUAAAGAGUCUAGGCUUGGGGUUGAAGCUGAAGCUGGGGCUGGAGUUGGGGCAGAGGCUGGAGCUGAAGCUGGGGCUGAGGCCACAAUGGGGUUUUGGUCCUGGAAUGGAGAUACAACCACUAAAGGGUCUAGGCUUGGGGCUGAGGAAGGGACUGGAUUAAGGACUUGGACUUUUUCUACUGAUAUAGAUGAUGAUGAUGAUGAUGAUGAGCUUAGUAGAGGAUCCAGCCCUGGUAUUGAAGAGAUUAGUCUAAAAUCCUUGUUUUGGGCUGAGAAUGAGAAUAAUAAUGACCUCAGCUCCAAGAGUGAAAAAGAUGGCAACUUUGAGUCCGGGGAAGAGGAUAAGGCCAAUGCUAAAGUUAAGUUUGAUGCUGCUGAUGGAGUUGACAUAAGGUCUUGGUUAUGCACUGGUAACGAAAACAGAAGUGAGGACAACUCUACAUCUAAGGCUAAAGCCAAAAAAGGAGCAGAGUCAAGAGGCACAUAUCCAUCCAUGGUCCCUGGGGCAGGAAUGGGGCUAUGGGAUGGAGCCAUUAUUUGUUCAGAAACAAAGUUUCUGCGCCAAUCAGGCUUUCUAGGCGAAGAUGAGUUCCGAAUACAGAUCGUGACUGGGGACAAAAUUCGGCCCUGGACUUGCCGCUGUAAAGAAGAAGCUAAUAUAGAUCCACAAGAUCUAGAAAAACUCAUUUGCAUGAUCGAGAUGACGGAAGAUCCUUCUGUUCAUGAAAUAGCCACCAAUGCUCUGUAUAACAGUGCUGAUUAUCCUUAUCCUCGUGAAAUUGUUCGGAAUGUAGGUGGAAUCUCAGUUAUCGAAAGCUUAUUGAAUAAUCCCUACCCCAGUGUCAGGCAGAAGGCUUUAAAUGCACUGAAUAACAUCUCAGUAGCUGCUGAAAACCAUAGGACGGUUAAAACAUAUUUAAAUCAAGUAUGUGAAGAUACUGUCACCUAUCCCUUAAAUUCAAAUGUUCAGGUGGCUGGACUAAGAUUGAUAAGGCAUCUGACUAUUACUAGUGAAUAUCAGCAUAUGGUUACCAACUAUAUUUCUGAAUUUCUCCGUUUGUUAGCUGCGGGAAGUGGAGAAACUAAAGACCAUGUUUUGGGAAUGCUUGUGAAUUUCUCUAAAAAUCCAUCCAUGACAAAAGACUUGCUCAUUGCCAAUGCACCAACUGCACUGAUUAACAUUUUUAGCAAGAAGGAGACAAAAGAGAACAUCCUUAAUGCUCUUUUGCUAUUUGAAAAUAUAAACCGCCAUUUUAAAAAAAGAGCAAAAGCAUUUCCCCAAGACAAGUUCAGUAAAAAUUCUCUUUAUUUCUUAUUUCAACGACCUAAAGCCUGUGCCAAGAAACUUCGAGCCUUAGCAGCAGAAUGCAGUGACCCAGAGGUGAAAGAAAGAGUUGAGGUAUUAAUAAAUAAACUCUGAUCAGCUAAAUGUUCCCAAACGAAUUGGAGUAACACUUUGGUUUUACAUCCUAGAAGUGAUGUGCAUUGUAAAUUGCAACACAACUGUGAAACUGAUGUUGCCUAUGAUGGUCUAUAGCUGGACAAUUUUAUGAAUACCAAAUUAAUUCAAACUUGUUCUGGAAAUACGUGUGUCAAUUUUUAUCUUGUCUGGAUUGAGAUAUUUUUAGUAUGCUUCAUGAGCAGAAACUGAACCGAUUUCUUCAUAAGUAAGGUAAUCUUUGGUCCUUUGUGUGGACUUAUGUUUAUACAUUUGAGACUUUAUUUUUAUGUCAUCAAUAAAGUUGUGUGUUUUAAGAAGGAAAAA